UCUCUCUCGCGUCCACACGAAAAAAAGAAGAAACGGAAAAACUACAUUUUGAGAUCAAAAGGGAAAGAGCAGGAAGCCCAUAAGACCACCCCACAGAAACAAUGAUGGGGGCGUCUCAUUCCUUGCCCUGCAGCCAUUUCCUAAUCUAGAAGCUCGGACAGGAGGAGGACGAGAGGCCUCAUCACGCCUCCAUUGCCGGUCUUCGAAUUUUAGAGAGAGAGAAGAGAGAGAGAGAGAGGUGGAAAGUAAAAAGAGAGACCACCACUCAAAUUACUCCAAUAUCUGCAAGAGAGAGAGAGAGACAGAGACAGAGAGGGAGCCAUCCACCACCCAUCGUCUUUUAGAUCUUUAUAAGCGAUUAGGAUUUAGGGCGAGAGGGGGAGAAAGUGGAAGAGAGAGAAAGAGAAAUGAGUGUGGGAUUGGUGUUGCCGGGAAGUGGGCAGCGGUGCUGCGGGCCGGUGGGGCUUCGGGCGCAGGAGCGGCAGCCGUGGGAGAGGAAGCCGUCGGGGGCCGCUUCGAUGAGGAUGGUGGGGUUGGGGCAGGGGAAGCAGCGAGGGUCGCUGCUGUGUGCGAGGGCGGCGGCUUCGUCGUCGAACUGCUCCGAGCAGUCGAUGAGCUUCUACCAGCUGCUGGGGAUACCGGAGAGCGGGAGCCUGCUGGAGAUCAAGCAGGCGUACAAACAGAUGGCCCGGAAGUAUCAUCCGGACGUGUCGCCGCCGGACCUGGCGGAGGAGCACACCAAGAGGUUCAUUCGGGUGCAGGAGGCCUACGAGACGCUGUCGGACCCCAUGAGGAGGGCCAUGUACGAUCGGGACCUUGCUAGAGGGUUGCAGUUCGCUUUCUCCGCGCGCAGGAGGCCUGAUCUGGACAUGGAGGAGAGGGACGGGUGGAAGAGUCGUUGGAAAUCCCAAGUUGCAGACUUGAAGAGGAGGAGUGUGGAGAAGAACUCUGAUGGCAACUUGUCGUGGGGAGCAAGGAUGCGCAGGCGGCAAAGAGAAGCAUAUGCAGAAUAAAGAAUUUCCCCCACUCUACAUAUGUUGUAAAUAGCUUUUUCCAUUUGAGGAGAGAGGUAGCUGAUAUCUCCUAAUCUCAUUGUACAUGGGGAAAAUAUAGAAUGAAUAGAUAGCCUUUGGUGCCCAA